AUGUCUUCAGAAUGGCGCAGACUGUGUCUGUCGCAAGAAAAUCUGCCCCCGCUGCUGUGUCAGUACACUUGGACCCGUCAAGGUUACGAGCUGUACCUGACAGACCUCACCACGAUCUGGUCUGAACGAUUAUCUCGUAAAGAGAUUUUAAAACGAGCGGAUGAUAGCGCCACGACGAUUGAUCCCAGCGAAGAUUUGGACCAGCUUGACCUUUUACUCACCAAGAUCGGAGAAGCUCUCCGUGGUGAUGGGGGCUCUAAUACAACACUAAACAGUGGUGCAUCAUCAGAUUCUCUUCAACUCAACACAAGCACGGAAUUGCCCGCUCCCUUGAGGCCGCUUAAAUGGUCUAUACUGCUUUCAAGGGAGCCUGCUUUCUCCACGACCAGCCAUCUGAUUCUGCCACUAUUACGAGGCGAGGCAUCCUUGGAGUCCCGUCAGCGAAACCUGUUAGAUCAGCUCAAGCAAAAGGACUGGGUGCUUAGCAAGCUAUUCGACAGAUUUGAAGCCCUGGGGGCAGACCUUGGAACUGUGUUUCCUGGUGUAGCUGGUCUACGUACAGCUCGGAAAGGCAGCUCGAGAUCCGAGGCCGCCAAAUUCAUCAAAGGUGUCGCACCGUUUGAUGAGCAGAGCUGGCUUGCCGAAUCUGAAAGCAUCUCAUCCAGCUCCGCAAUAGUUUCGAAUCUGAUCCAUGAGCUUGCGGGAUCUGGCAACGGUCUUGAUCUUGACAAGCUCCACCCGUCACAAGAGAAAUGGUGGAGCGGUCUCCAAAGACGCACCGAGGCCGUUUCUUUUCAAGAGGAGGAACCCAAGAAGCUUUCUCAGAGCAGGACUAAGCCUAUUGAAUCAAAAGGUGAUGUGGACCCAGGUGAGGAGACAGCGUCAGAAAGUGAUGUCGAUGAGUUUGAGCAACAAGAAGUCGUCCCUCGACAGAAGCCACAAGAAACUCAACCGGUGAUAUCACCGUCUAAACCAAAAGCCAGGAAGAAGACUCCAUCACCAUCGCCCAAGGCAGUACACACAAACGAAGCCUCGGCCACUGAAUCCGAGCAUGAACCUGAACCUGAGCCCGAACUUUCACCUCCACCUCGACGAAAACGUACAUCGACGCCUCCACCCUCCGCAGCACCCGUCGCACAAGACACGCCGCCCACAGAGAUCCCAAAUAAGCCUAAAAAGGGCCUCGGCAUGAUCGGAGGCAAGAAGAAAAUCCCAGAGCCCGAGCCAGAGCGUGCACCCUUGCCACCACCAGAACCGACUCGUGUGCAAAUCGAGGACCAUGCACAAUCUACCGCACCAGCUACCAAAGCUAAAAAGCCCACAAGACUGGGCAUGAUAGGCGGCAAAGCAAAAACCAAACAAGCACCUCUGCCAGAGACUCCCUCGGUCCAACAGGAGGAGCCUCUGCCAUCCUCGCCUAAUCAAAAGACCCGUGAAAAGCCCCCAGCACCCAAACAUGACCGGGUCUCACCGAAAAGGGAAUCUCUGGAGCCUUCUUUGCCAGCGAAAGCACCCAGUGCAGUACCAGCUCCGGAAGAGACUGAGGCCCAACGAGCUGAUCGUAAGCGGGAGGAGCUGAAGCGGCAAUUAGAAGCGAAGAGUAAAGCGCCCGCGAAGAAGAAACGGAGGUUUUGA